AUGGAUGCAUACUCGGGGUAUAAUCGAAUCCCGAUGUACAAGCCGGAUCAGGAAAAAACAUCCUUCAUCACACCUAGAGCAAAUUAUUGCUAUGUGGUUAUGCCUUUUGAAUUAAAAAGCGCAGGAGCCACAUAUCAAAGGUUGAUGAAUAAGGUGUUUGCGCCUCACCUUGGGAAUCUAAUGGAAGUAUACGUAGACGAUAUAUUGGUAAAAACUAAGGACAAGGCCGACCUCCUGACUGACCUCUCACAAGUCUUCAACACCAUUAGGAUGCAUGGAAUGAGGUUGAAUCCUGCAAAGUGCACCUUCGUAGUGGAGGCCGGAAAAUUUUUGGGAUUCAUGCUAACACAAAGGGGGAUUGAAUCUAACCCCGACAAGUGUAGAGUAGUCCUAGAAAUGAAAAUCCCGACUUGCUUAAGGGAGGUCCAGCAACUAAACGGCCGACUUGCAACCCUCUCUAGGUUCUUGGCGGGAUCAGCAUUAAGAACCCUUCCACUUUUUUCCCUACUAAGAAAAGGAUGCCAGUUCGAAUGGACUCCUAGAUGCAAAGAAGCAUUCCAGGAGUUCAAAAGGUUUUUAAGCCAACCUCCAAUUCUGACCCGACCUAAAAAUGGGGAAAAACUCGUCUUGUAUUUGUCCGUAGCCGACAAAGCUGUAUCAUUAGCUCUAAUACGGGAAGAUGAGGUCGGGCAGCAUCCUAUGUAUUUCACCAGCAAAUUUCUACAAGGCCCCGAAUUAAGGUACCAAAAACUCGAGAAGUUUGCGUAUGCCUUAAUAGUAGCCUCUCGAAGGCUACGGCCUUAUUUUCAAGCUCACACAAUAAAAGUCCGAAUGAACCAGCCCAUGAAGCAAAUACUUCAAAUAGACAUUACGGGCAGAAUGGUUCAAUGGGCUAUAGAGCUAUCCGAGUUCGACCUCAGUGGAGCUGACAUAAUACUAGUCAGCCAAGAGGGAACCCAAAUAGAAAUCUUCCUCAAAUUCGAGUUCCCUGCUUCUAACAAUCAGGCAGAAUAUGAAGCCUUGAUUGCAGGGCUAAAGCUGGCAGAGGAAGUCGGCACAACCAAAGUAGUCGUGUUCAGUGACUCCCAGGUGGUGACCUCCCAGAUCAACGGAGAGUACCAGGCUAAAGAUUCCAAUAUGAAAAGGUACUUGGACAAAACCUUGGAACACCUUGGGUGGUUCUCAGAAACCGAGGUAAAACACAUAAUUCGGGAUCUCAACAGCAGAGCAGACGCUCUUUUCAAGUUAGCAACAAAUGGGCAAGCUGAGGAAGCCAACAAGGUUAUACUGGCUGGUUUAAAGAAAAGGUUGCAAGAUGCAAAGGGAGCAUGGGCUGAAGAACUCCCUCAAGUACUGUGGGCCUAUCGAACUACACCUCAAUCUGCCACAGGAGAAACACCCUUCCAACUUGCUUAUGGAAUAGAAGCCAUGAUAUCAGUUGAAAUCAGCCAGCAAAGUCCAAGGGUGAACUUCUACGGCGAGGUUGGCAACAUACAAGGACACAAGAAAGAGCUCGAGCUACUCCCUGAAGUCCGAGAACAAGCCCAAAUAAGGGAAGCAGCAUUGAAGCAAAGGAUGACAAACAGAUAUAACAAGAAAGUCAUUCGAAAAAGCUUCGCCCCAAACGACUUGGUCCUGAUCAGAAAUGACAUCGGAGUCAACAAGUCGGGGGAAGGAAAGCUUGCUGCUAAUUGGAAAGGGUCAUAUAAGAUAAGUGAAGUCUUAGGAAAGGGAUACUACAAGGUAACCGACUUGAGCGGUACCGAGCUACCAAGGUCGUUGCAUGCUUGUAAUAUGAAAAGGUACUAUAGUUAA